AUGAAGGCUGGCGAAAAAAAAACCUGUCAUUUCGGUCUUGCAAUUACAUCAUUCGAUAUACGACUCGACCCUGGCAACAAUCCUCAACGUAGAACAGAUCUCUCUGUGACAACCACUGCUACAGAAUAA